CUGCACUUGAGAGGAGAUGAGCGCGGCCGACAAGGCCCGGGUGGGGCCCGCGGCCGACGGGCCUGCGCCGCCGGAGGAGGAGGAGGGCGAGGGGGGCGGCGAGGCGGGCGGGAAGGAGCCAGCGGCAGACGCGGCCCCCGGGCCCAGUGCCGCGUUCCGGUUCCUGGUGAGUCGGCGGGAGCCGGCCGUGAAGCUGCAGUACGCGGUGAGCGGCUUAGAGCCGCUGGCCUGGUCCGAGGACCACCGCGUGUCGGUGUCCACGGCCCGGAGCAUCGCUGUGCUGGAGCUCAUCUGCGACGUGCACAACCCGGGCCAGGACCUGGUUAUCCACCGCACCUCGGUGCCCGCUCCCCUCAACAGCUGCCUCCUCAAAGUUGGCUCAAAAGCAGAGGUUGCUGAGUGUAAGGAGAAAUUUGCCACCUCCAAAGACCCCACAGUCAGUCAGACUUUCAUGUUGGAUAGGGUGUUCAACCCUGAGGGGAAGGCCUUGCCACCGAUGAGAGGAUUCAAGUAUACCAGCUGGUCCCCUAUGGGUUGCGAUGCAAACGGCCGGUGCCUCUUGGCAGCACUGACCAUGGACAACCGCCUGACCAUCCAGGCGAACCUCAACAGACUGCAGUGGGUCCAGCUGGUUGAUCUGACUGAGAUUUAUGGAGAACGACUCUAUGAGACCAGUUACAGGCUCUCUAAAAGUGAGGCUCCAGAGGGGAAUCUCGGGGACUUCGCGGAGUUUCAGAGGAGGCACAGCAUGCAGACCCCAGUCCGGAUGGAGUGGUCGGGCAUCUGUACCACGCAGCAGGUCAAGCAUAACAACGAGUGCCGGGAUGUGGGCAGUGUGCUCCUGGCAGUCCUCUUCGAGAACGGUAACAUUGCUGUGUGGCAGUUUCAGCUGCCCUUUGUAGGGAAGGAAUCCAUCUCUUCGUGCAACACGAUUGAGUCAGGGAUCAACUCUCCUAGUGUUUUGUUUUGGUGGGAAUAUGAGCACAAUAAUCGGAAAAUGAGCGGCCUUAUUGUGGGGAGUGCUUUUGGACCUGUAAAAAUUCUUCCUGUCAAUCUCAAAGCAGUUAAAGGCUAUUUCACCUUAAGGCAGCCCGUUGUCUUGUGGAAAGAAAUGGACCAGUUGCCCGUGCACAGCAUUAAAUGUGUUCCACUUUACCACCCGUACCAGAAGUGCAGCUGUAGCUUAGUGGUGGCUGCACGGGGAUCCUACGUGUUUUGGUGUCUUCUCCUGAUCUCCAAAGCAGGUCUCAACGUCCACAAUUCCCACGUCACAGGACUUCACUCACUGCCGAUUGUCUCCAUGACUGCAGACAAGCAGAAUGGAACCGUAUAUACCUGUUCCAGCGACGGGAAGGUGAGGCAGCUGAUUCCCAUUUUCACCGAUGUCGCAUUAAAGUUUGAACACCAGUUAAUUAAACUCUCGGAUGUGUUCGGCUCGGUGAGGACACACGGGAUAGCAGUGAGCCCCUGCGGCGCAUACCUGGCUGUCAUCACCACCGAGGGCAUGGUCAACGGCCUCCACCCCGUGAACAAGAACCACCAGGUCCAGUUUGUUACUCUCAAAACCUUUGAAGAGGCAGCUGCUCAGCUCUUGGAAUCUUCCGUUCAAAAUCUCUUCAAGCAGGUGGAUUUAAUAGACCUUGUGCGCUGGAAGAUUUUAAAGGAUAAACAUAUCCCUCAGUUUUUACAAGAAGCUUUGGAAAAAAAGAUUGAAAGCAGCGGAGCCACCUAUUUUUGGCGUUUCAAACUCUUCCUCCUGAGGAUUUUAUAUCAGUCCAUGCAGAAAACCCCUUCAGAAGCAUUAUGGAAACCCACCCACGAGGACUCCAAAAUCUCAUUGGUUGACUCCCCUGGGAUGGGCAAUGCCGAGGAAGAGCAGCAGGAGGAAGGCACGUCUUCCAAGCAGGCGAACCGGCAGGGCAGAGAGGGCGACGCGGAGGACCCCGCCGACGACUCCCUGACCCAGGCUGGAGAUGCCGGGGGCCGCGAGCCGAUGGAAGAGAAGCUCCUGGAGAUCCAAGGGAAGAUCGAAGCUGUGGAAAUGCACUUGACCAGGGAGCACAUGAAGCGAGUCUUAGGGGAGGUGUACCUGCAUACCUGGAUCACAGAAAACACUAGCAUCCCCACUCGAGGCCUCUGUAACUUCCUGAUGUCUGACGAGGAAUGUGAUGACCGAACGGCACGGGUGCUGAUCGGACACAUCUCAAAGAAGAUGAACAAACAGACUUUCCCUGAGCACUGCAGUCUGUGCAGAGAGAUUUUGCCGUUCACAGACCGCAAGCAGGCAGUCUGCUCCAACGGCCACAUUUGGCUCCGGUGCUUUUUAACCUACCAGUCGUGCCAGAGCUUGAUAUACAGAAGGUGUUUGCUCCACGACAGCAUUGCUCGUCAUCCGGCUCCGGACGAUCCUGACUGGAUUAAGAGGCUACUGCAGAGCCCCUGCCCUUUCUGCGAUUCUCCGGUCUUCUGAGCGGCGGCGGUGGGAGCCGGGACGGGCGCGCUGCGUGGCGGAAAACCCCCUCGGGCUGAGGACGCGGGAUGUGCUGGCUGAGCCCGGCCUGCGCGUGGGCCGGCCUCCUCGGGAGCGGAGACAGGGCCUGGGAACUCCUUUCUGAAGUCCCGUCUCGUCUCCAGGGACUAUGGGGUAUCUCUGAAACGACCGAACGCAGAGACUGUAAGUCAUUGUGAGCGGAGCGCUAGCCCCCCACUCCUCCCCCGGGGAGGAACACUUUCUUUUCAAGUGUUUUGACUGAAGCAACCUGAACAGAAAGAAUGCCCUGUCAUUUCUGGGAACAGAAUGAUCUCUUCUGGAGAGUAGGGGUAAGGGCCCUGCUGGACCGAGUUGGGCUUUGAUGCCUGCCUUGGACUGGAACUGCCCCGCGGCUCCGCAGAGCGUGGGUCACGGGCCCGGGCGGUCGUGCGCCAGCAGACACAGCGCGUGUCCGAAACGGCGCUUGACCCCGAUCCUUUGUUCCCACGAACAGCCACAGAUCUGUAUCCCACGGAGGCUCGUCUCUGCUGCGUACUGAAAACGUGUUCAUAAAACGGUAUUUUUAAGAGGUCGAGGCCAAGACUAAAGUUGGUUUUAAUGUGUCAAAAGAUCAGGUGAUUCCUGUAAGUAGAUAAUGGUGACUUAUUUUUGAUGAGCUCCCAUGUGAUUGGAUCUCCAGUGCUGACUCCUUGCCCUGUCAGGGAGGUCGGGGAUUCCUCUCCGCGCUCUCACCUUCCUGCUCCUGACUGUCGUAGCCCAGAUGAGAUAUUUGUACACAGAAGAAAAAGAAUAUUUUCUCCUUUAAACUUCUAGUGUUUUUAAUGUUGAUGUGUCCAGACAUUUCAGUUGUAUCCGCUAUAAGAACCUGCAGGCCAUCUAGAGACUUUCAGAAAACUUGCAGAAAGCGACGGGCAGCCCCGGCGUGCGGGUGCUCGUGCUCCAGUGCCACCAGCAGCUCCGUGGAGAAGCGCCCAGGAAUUUCUUCCCCGCAAGGGUCCCUGAUACUUAGAAUGUAGCUCUUUUCCUGUGGGCUGUUCAGAGACGUUAGACAUUAAUCGGUCUUAAAAUCUAAAAUUAAAAAUGGACAUUCGGGAAUUACAGUGUUCUUGGAUUGCGAAAAUAGCGUCCUAGAGCUCGGUGCUAAGCAACAGGACUGUGCUGCCCACGUGUGGAAAUGGUGCGUCCUUCGGGGACGCAGGAAGGAAGUACAAAAUGGGAGAUUCUCACUCCGCUUACGUGCUGGCUAUUUCGCCUUUAUUCUAACACUUACUCCUGCCUCUGUCGUGAUUCCUCAGUGAAGGACUUCUCGUCCUUGCUUUAGAAAACUUGCUCUGUGGACAAGACACACAACCGCAGACCGCUGUGGGUCCCCCUCCCCCGCACCUCUCCCCCUCCUCCCCGCCACAGGCACCGGCCCCCAGAGCCCUUCAGAGGCGCCUCCGAGCGGCCUGCCCUGAAAUGGCUUCUGUUUCCUGUUCAGAUUGGGUCUUGUCUCCUGUGCUUAAUUCUGUCUUUGCUGGAGUCUCCUGCUUCGCUUUCUCUCCUCAGUCAUUUCAAGAUAGUGUUGAUCCCGAUACGGGGGCCGCACCUUGAAUUGGUUUUCCAGAAAGAGAAGCAGGCGGCACGGGGAUCGCGAGCUGCACAGCUCAGACGUCACAUGGCCCGUCGCUGUCUCACGUCCCGGGGACCAGGCGGUAAACGUGGCGAUCAUGUCAAGGAAGUUUUUCAUAAUCAUGGCUGCUUAGUUUCACUUACUCUUUGUUCCUGAUCAGGGUCAGUGUUUGAGCUGUUCUUACGGGGAAUUUUGUGCCGCUGCCAUUUAAAACUUACAUUAAGUUUUUAUUUAAAGCAGUUGUACGUUUUGGGGGAGAUGGACCUCUUGGGAGUUAACUAAAAGGGUCUCCUGAAUUAUGUAUUUUCUGUAGGAAUAAACAUGGCCACUGUUUUACUAGAACGUGACUUCUCUCUGCACGGGGGUAGGCAUUCCGCAGACUCAAAAAUCCACCCACCACCUCAGCCUGAAUUCCGUGCCUGGAGCAGGGAGGGCCCCCCCACCCCCGCCCCCGCCCCAGCACGCCCCCCUCGUGCAUGGCCGCAUCGCGCACACAGCCAGCUUCUGCUUGCCCGUCAGUGGGACUUGGGGAAAGCAGGGGUGCCACCCAGAAUCUUCCGGCCCACUGGCUCUCCUGGCUUACACUUGUCCUGCCCUCCAUGCUUCCUAGAACGUGCCUGAUCCGUUUGGUGGAUUUCAGGUUUAUCUCGGCUGUCACCUAAGCACUGGGUGAGAAGCGUCAGAGAUGGUGGAGGGCGCGUUGCUGCGCUGCCCGGAGCCAGGCACGAAGACCGGAUGCAAUUAGACCUUUCCAGCUACUGCACGCUUGCGUUCCGGGCGUCUGAUACCCACACCUGUAUCCCGCGCGCUGCCUGGGGUUAAUUUGUCCCCAUUACUCCAGAUAAGAAAUUGAUGGCUUGUUACGCUUGAUACUCCUUCCAAAACCCUCCUGUGCCCGGCACCCGCUCUUCAAGCCGUCUCGACCUACUAUCACAUCUGCCGAAGCUACCAAUUAUUUUUCAGUGUCAGGAGUUAUUAGAACCGCUGGCGAAGCUUGUGGCUGAGUGUGACAUCUUUCUGCUUCUCUCUAAGACGACGUGGAAGCAUGUGGGUUGGACCUGUUCGCGAGUGCCAGGGGUUCAUUAGGUGAAAGGAACGUUAAAGGGUGAUAACUAAAUAGAAAGAUACUUUCUGUUGUAGUUACGCCGCUGUCGGCUAAGAAGCAGAAGUCGAUGCUUAUUGGUACUUGUUAGGGGGUGCGCACGCGUGUUUUACAAAACCCCUGCUCCCCGGCAGCUCCCCUCGCAGCUGAAGAGGAGCUGCCCGGUUUGGUGAGUUACCGCGGCUCCGGCCCUGAGCCCGGACCUCGGCCCCCGCCUGCGGGCUCUGUUCAGCCUGCUCGCCCCUGGCCCCUCUGCUCUCUCGUGCUUUUCCGUCCUGGUGAGGCCCGCUUAAUUUCCCUUCCUCUUGUUUUCUCGGCUUCAGGACACGUCCAGAGCUAGCAGAUUUCACGUUUGAAAGGGCAGUAGAUCAGUGAUACAUUUUCUAAAAAUUACCUCACACAGUAGGUCUCCUUCCUAGAAGAGACGAUCGUGCACAGUGAUUUUUCUCUCUAAUGGUAAUAGUGUUGGCUUUUAACCUGGUAAAUUAUAUCCGGUUUUCUUCAAGACUCUUCAUUAUUUCCCUGGCAGAGUGCUGAGUAACUCUUGGCUGGCCUUUGGGGCUAGAGUCUGCUAAAGUUUAGCCCCUGCCACUACCGGCUGCCCCAUGCCAACGUUGUUCCUGACGAACAGAAAUGCUGGCUAAGUCAACUGGCCUGUUUUUUUAUUUUAUUUUUUUUAGAUUUUUAAAAAAUUUAUUUGACAGAGAGCUCACAAGUAGGCAGAGAGCAAGGGGAAGCAGGCUCCCUGCCGAGCAGAGAGGCUGAUGCAGGGCUCGAUCCCAGGACCCUGAAAUCAUGACCAGAGCCGAAGGCAGAGGCUUAACCCACUGAGCCACGCGGGGGCCCCAGCCGGCCUGUUUUUUAAGGGAAAGGUAGAUUCUGCGUAUUUUUUUUUUAGACGUUGGCAGCACUAACAGCCAACAGCCAGACCAAUCACGAGUGUCUUCGGUUAGCCCACCGUGGACGUGGCGGGCCUCUGCACGGCUCCCGUGAAGGAUCACGAAUAUACCUUUACGUUCAGAUGCUUCUUCCCCUGGGGUGGAGGUGAGCGUUCAGUGAGACCAUGGAUUGUCCAACCCUUCUCCUCACGACUGUCCGUUUUAAAAACACCUAGAAGGCCCGACUCAGUGGUUUCCAUUUCUCUUAUUGGUGUGCGCGCCAGCCGGCAGCUGCAGGGACAGUCAGCUGUGUCUCGGGUCUCCUAGUCAACUUGGAACUGCUCUUUCUUGAAGCUAAAAAGGCUUCUUGGAGUUAAGAGCUUCCCGUCUGCUCACCUGAUGUCUGCUAUUUAAAAUGAUCACGGAGCAGGUGAAACCCGACUCUCCUUGCGUUGCGUGAAGACCAGUUUGCUGACUCUGGAGUUGCUCCUGAGGGUCCUAUAGCGUCUCUAUCCUGAUGACAGAGCCGGGUUUUUCUGAAGAUGGGGAGCUCAGUUCCAAGGCACUGAUGAGACCGGUCGGCAGAGUCUGUAGACAGGAUGAAGCCUCCCAGCUGCCCAUGUCCUCUGUUUUAGAGCACGGCUCUUCCUGAAAACGGGCAGGAAACCGAUCAGUUUAACGGGGCAAUGGCUAUAGAAACGUCCCGUAAAGUAGUUAGUCCUUUUGUUGUAGGACUCCCAACCUCUUUAUCUGGUUAGGUGGUUCAGCUUUUCUUACCUUGUGUUUUUUGUUAUAAUACACCUGGUGGUGGGGGGGGGGGGGGGUCCUAACAUACACACGGAGCAUUAUAUGAAUUUCCAACUUAGGGGCGCCCUUCCUUCCAGGCUCGCCCGCAGUUGAAAGGGAAGAUGACAGUCUCCUGCCGGCGUAAAGGUACAGGCCGUCCGGGCGAGACGCUGCCGGCGGGUUGGGGAGACGGACGUGGCAGAACUCUAAAUCCUGUUAUUUCCGCAGCGAAAACGUGCUCGCCUCACCCUGAACUCCUGUCGCUGUCACGGAAAGGUCAGGCGGCUGGACUGGAUGGUGUAGGAGGCGGCCAUGGCUUGGAGGCACUUCUGCUUUCUCCGUUUCACAUUUGCCAAACAGGCUGCUGGGGGCUCGGGUGGGUUGUUUUUGGUACGAAUGCAAAACUAAAAGCAAAAAUGCAUUAUUGGGUCUUUUUAAAGACUUUGACUCAUAUUUGUACUUCAUGAAAGGAGCCUGAAUAUCAAACCUGUUUCUACAGAAACGAGACUGUAGAGAAAACUAAGUGUGUGUUGUGUAUAGUGAUAUUUUAUGUUUACCCGAUACCUGUGCUAAUCUUUGUGCUCAGCUUUGAAUUACAUGUAUGUUUACAUAGGACAUUUUUUUAAAUAAAAAGAACGGGCGUCUGAAAACUUAA